GCUGUACUAGAAAAUUGUUCUCAGAGUGUACCGUAGGCAAGUGAAGUGAUAGCAAAAAUGGGCAAAUUCUUGAUGUUGGCUGCGCUAGGCGUCCUGGCGCUUUUCGCAGUGACGAGUGCGAUGCCACAACCUGGCUCCGACUCGUCUUCGGAGGAGUCAGCCGAGACUCGUGAAUUUAUGGAGGAGAUCCGUACGAUGUGCCGUAACAACAGUGGGUCAGAUGAGGCCUACGUUGCCCUGAUGGAGGCGUUUCAGUCGGCGAUGAUGUGCGCGAUGACUUCGAUCGACUUGGAUAGCUUCAUGUCGGACGCCUAUACGCUAUCUAACGAGACUCGCAGCACAUUCUUCCCAAAGUAUUGUCCACAGCUGAAGAGAGCUGGUACGUGUCUAGACGAUCUGCUGAAGGCUGCCAGACCCUGCUUGGAGGAAGAUGAUUUCACCAUCGUCAAGGCGCUAACGGGCAUCUUCCCAGAUGCGGUUGAUCUGAUUUGCAAAAAUGAUGGCGAAAUAAUUUUCAAGCUGGAUGAGCCAAAAUACCAAGAAUGUGUCGAUAAACUGAGUGACAACGUGAUGGAGUGUGUGGUACCGUUUGCUGCCGAAAGUGAGGACUGGGACAUUUCACACCUGACGCAAACUCAAUGCGGAACCUUAUCCGGACUGAGACAGUGCAUCGAGGGUAAGCUGAACGUUUGCAAGGCCCCGGACCUAAUCAGCGUGUACGAUCUGUUCCACAACAUGCUGUUCCGCAUGACUCCGUGCCGUAAUUAUGUAACCGGUGUGGAGAAGACGAAAGUGACGGAGAUUGAUAACAAUGCAAUCAACGAAGUUUAAUAGUAGACCGUUGAAGUUCAAAUGGUUAUCAUUUAACCUUGAGCGUUUUCUUUCCACUGUUUGGUCCAUUGAAAUGGAAUAAAGCGGUUCUUAUGUUA